AUGUCAGUCAACUGGUCAUGUUCUUUCCCAGAUGGAAGUUCCCCUCCUGACCCUUCCCUCGAUUACUGCUGCUUCAACGAUCGAGCAUGUGCCAGCUACGUAUGUGGCAAACUUGGCUCUUCACUCGCCAUCACCACCGAAGCUGGUUCACCCGACAUUUUCGGAUGCUACGUCGUAGCUGAAAAAGCUGAAGCUCUCUGGAGCAGUCCACCAAAAAAUGGUACAUGCGGUGCCAGUGCUGGAACCAAAGGUUGUGUUCACUCGUCUGUAGUUGUCACUACAUCCAAAUCACUCAGCUCUACUGCCUCUGCCACGAUUUCUAUCGGACAAUCAUCUGCUGCUGCCUCGGCCUCUGCUUUUCCUUCUUCGUCAACAUCGCCAAGUGCCGAGUCAGAUUCAGCUGGGUUUCAACGGAUGGAGUUUUUGGGUCAGACUACGGUAAUGGGAUUAGUAGGAUUGGUUUGGCUGAUCCGGAGAUUGUUGUAA